AUGAAGAAAAUUAUUUAAGAGAACUUAUCUCCUGAAGAAGCAAAAACUCUCUGGAAAUAUCUUGAUGAUGCAUGUUAUCUCAUUGCUGAACAUCAAAGUAUGAAAUAUUAGAUUGAGGUUUAUAGCCAAACAACUAUCGUUCGCAGAAUUGUAUCAACAUGCCUACAAAUUGAUUCUCAAUAGGUUUGGAGAUUUCGCCUACACUCAAUUACAAGUUUCUAUUCAUAAAAUUGUGGAUAAACUCAUCAAUCCUCUAAACAUUAGCAAUGAUGAUUAAUUGUUGAAUGAUUUCGUUAAGGCCUACGAAGAGGUUCAACAUUUUAGCAAACUAUUGGCUGGCAUACUGCUUUACAUGGUAAAUCCCCCAUAUUUAUGCAAUAGGAAAAAUCCUAUAUACUUUAGAAAUCUCUCAAAACAAUCAAAAUCAUUUGCAAUGAAAGUUUUAAAAUUAAAUGUUUCGAGAAAGACUAAAAUCUGGCUUCAAAAUUACUCAAUUGUUUUCUUGCUCAAAUUCGCAAUGAUCGUAAUUCUGAAGUUAUCGAACAUUUUAAAUUAAAAAAUGCAUUAUAAAUACUUGUAAUAAUUUUCGCAUUACUCUAGAUUGACAUCAAUUAAGAAUAACAGAUAAAGAUCAAGGAACACAUUUACACUAUUGAAUAUAGAACCAAUGAUGACUUCUAUAAAUACUUUUUAGAACGCAAACUUAUUUAAGAUUCUCACCGCUAUUUCAAAGAAGAAAGCUAAUCAAAUCUAAAUAAAAUGACUAUUGAAGAGUACAUCCUUUUUGUAGAGAAAAGAUAUUACAGUGAAGUCGAAAGAGUUUAAUGUUAUAUACCUAAAGUUUCACAUUAAAAGGUUUUGGAUAGUUUCAUCAAAAAUUAUGUCACUUACAAUUCGUAAUACAUUUCUUAAGGACUCUAAGAUUUUAUUGAAAAUGAUAAGACUACUAUUUUCAUUAAGAUUUAUUAAUUAUUUGUCAAAAGUGAAGAAUUUGAUUAGUUCAUUAAAACAUUAACUUAAAUUAUUGUAGCCGAUUUAUAACUACUCAAUCAGAAUGAGAAUACUCUAUAAGGAUUCAUUAAAUUAUAUGAGAAGAUAUUCUUUAUGUAUGAUAUAAUUGCAUAAUUUGGAAACAACGAGCAUUCAUAUAAAUUUCACAAAGGCAUAAAAAGUAUUUCGCAUAUCUUAAAUAUUAUUAGAUGCUUUUGAGUAAGUCAUUAAUUAAGACAAUUUUAUAAUGUUUGAAUUGAAUAAAUACUUUGAUCAAAUAAUGAGAAAAGAGUCAUUGAGAGAUGACGAAAGGAAAGUAUAAAUAGAAAAGGGAUUUUUGAUAUUCAAAUUAGUCUAAUCGAAGGAUGAGUUUGAAUAAUUAUAUAGAAGACAUCUCUGUGUUAGAUUAUUAGAUUAAACAUCCAGUUCUUCUGAAGUCGAAAUUGAUUUUUUGAAGAAACUUAAAUUGGAAUGUGGCUCUGUCUUGACUCACAAGAUGGAAACCAUGUUUAGUGAUUUAUAAAGAAGCAACGAGGAAAGUUAAAAGUUUAGACAGAAAUUGUCAUCAAGUUAAAGGGAUGUUAUUGACAUAGAUGUAUUAGUUCUUACCUCUGAAUAAUGGCCAAUCACUGAUUAUAAACCAAUCAUUGUACAUAAUGAAUUGUUGUACUGGCAACAGCAAUUCACCUAAUAUUAUUAGAGCAAGAAUUAAAAGAGAAAAUUGGCAUUUAAUUAUGGAUUAGGCUCAGUGUCUCUUAAAGCCACUUUCGAUCAAAAUUGUAAGAAAGAUUUAGUUUGUUCUGUCUUAUAAGCAACGAUCUUAAUGCAUUUCAAUAAAUAACGCAUAUAUAAAUUGGAUGAAUUGAUUAAAUUAAUCAAUACUGAUUAAGAAACCAUGUAAUCAGAAUUAGAAAAUCUUCUAUUUUUUAAAUUAUUAAUCUAAAAUGAGGAAGAUAAUUCAUUAUAAUUAAAUUACAAGUUCUAACAUCGAAGUUACAAAAUUAAGGUCUAAUCAAAAAAACAAUAUGCUUUAUCUUACAAUUAGAAAUCCAAAACUAAAUGGUAGGAAUUCAAAAUAGAUUAGAAAGAAAUAAUAUUAGAUAGAAGAGUGUAUUUGGAAUCCUUGAUAGUUAAAGUUCUCAAAACAAAAAAGUAAUUGGAUCACAAAGAUCUAUUUAAAUACAUAGACAAAGAUGCGAAAACUAGACAUUUUCCUAUUGAAAUUCCCUUCUUUAAGGAAUGUAUAGAGAAUUUGAUACAAAAAGAAUACCUAAUAAGACAAGAUGGAUAAUUAGACACAUAUAUUUAUAAAGCAUGA